CCCGUCGGCCGGCCAACAGAUCGGCUGCUGUACGGGUGCCACUCGGGAGCUGCCGCCGCUGCUGCUGCUACUGGGCCGCCGCUACUGCCGCUGGUGCUCUGUCGUACACAUGUCGCCGCCGCCGUCGUCGUCGCCGUGACCGACUCGCGAACACGCGGUGCACUCGCGACGCCCUAUACACGCUCGCAUAAGCGGCGGUGGUGCCGCGGAGAGACGGUGACGGCGGUGAAAACAACACCACCACUACCAUCGUGACGACGACCGCCACCACCACUGCGACCGCCACCGUGACCACCGUCAACACGGCAACCGUAGACAUCGGUGUGAUGCGUACCGCCGUCAACCGCGACCUCGGACAAACGUCACGCCGCGGAGUGGCCGGGGCCUGAUAUAACCGCGUGGCUCGAGAUACUAUGGAGUGAUGGCGAGGGAAGAAUCUCGAGGAAAGAGACCAUUUAAAAUAUGGGAUGGUUUUAGAAACAUAAGAAAAAGCUUGUUGGCCUCUAGCUUAAAAGACUUAGAGAUACGUGGCAAAGAGAAACUGAAUAUCGCGCCGAAUGAGCCCGUUAGAUUGGUACUCGAAACUGACGGUACACAAAUCGAAGAUCCCGAAUACUUCAAAACACUGCCAAACAACACUACUGUGUUAUUGCUCAGGAAUGAAGAGUACUGGUACCCAGCUGAAGUUGACGCCAUUAAAACAGCGAUUGCCGCAAUACCGAAAAUCGUCUGCGAAACGAUCCAUGCACUGGAGUUGCAAGACGAGACGCCUUCGUGGAAAAUAAUGGACAACAAAGGCCGGGUGACCGUUGUGUUGCACUGGGACCAACGCAACCAGACUUACCGCGGUUCUAGUAACACCGGCGGCGGUGGUAUGGACACGUCGCCAUCCAAGAAGACGACGGCACACCAACAGAACGGCGUGGGCGGUCUGCUAAUGGUCAACAACGGUUCGCUGAAGAGAGAACCCAACCAAGUGAUCCAGCAACAGCAAUUGCAAUCCACGCCAACUGUCUAUCGGCACGGUUCCGCGCCUCAGAUUACGGUCAUCCACCACGAUGCCAUACCACCGUCCAUGAACGACGGUUCGAGUCAGCACUAUCAGCAACAGCCGCAGGUCCGUCGGCUAUCCAAGCAGGGCAGCAGUUCCAUGGACGCGGCGGCAAUCCACGUGCACACGUCCGAGUGCGCGCACUUCAUACCACCGCCGCCGUCGCACCACUCGGUGGCCAACGGCGGCGUCGGCUCGCCACGGGCAGGCAGUCCGGCCCGAGGUCCGUCCGUCGUCGACGGGAUGCUUCCGCCGCCACCACUGCACAGCAUGCCGAUGCAGCACCAGGCCACGGCCGACCACCACGGGUUCGAGUGCGACUUCCACUGUUGCGCGCUGCAUGAAGAGGGCCGCCGGAUCGCCGUGCACAAGUCGGUGGCCACGUCGCCGAUACAGGAGUGCCACCACGCGCCACCGCCGCCGCUGCAGACGCAACAGCAACCAACGCAGCCGCUACAACCGCCGCCGUCCACCGGCCAGCCCGCGUCGUCCUCGCUGUCGGACGGAACGCGCCGCGCGUCGCCCAAGGGCCACGUCCGAUUCCUAGACCCGGCCGGGUCACCGCCGAUGCCGCCUCCGCCGUUGCUGCCACCGUCGCCUCCCGCGUCGCCAGCGCGCCGGCAGCAACCACCACCGCCACUGCAGUCUCUGCCUCCGCCACUGCAGCUGCAGCACCGGUCCGACAGCUCCGAUUCCGAGACGGAGACCACCGUCAUCGAAGACGACUCGAUGACCAGCGAGAAGUUCCUGUUGCUCAUUGACCAGCUGGUCGACAAACAGGACAGGCACCUGACAGUCAAGGACAUCGGCAUCAUACUGGAACGGCUCAACUCGAAAAUCGUGGACGUCGAGCGGUUGGACCGCGACUACGAGGCCACUGACUGCUACAACUGGACUAUCAAGGCGACCAUCAGGGGUGACGUGCUUCAGGAGUACGGAAUCAUAUACAACGGCAACUACUACGGCAUAUCCGAACAUCCGGGAUACCGACAGAACGACGAGGAGCUGCCCAACGAGGACGACGAGGAAGUGCUAGACGACGACGAUGAAGGUGACAACGGUGGCGGUGCCAGCACAUCGGCCGCAGUCAGCAGCGGUGGAGCCAGUAGAGAGGUUGAGAUCCGCUUGCACAGACGUCGUGCUGACGAAGAGGUUAACAUUUAAAUAUAUAUAUAUACUAUUUAUAAUCACACGUUGUUACACGCACAUGUGCCCGCACAAACACACACACAUCACACACACACACACACACACACACACACACACACACACACACACACACACACACACACACACACACACACACACACACACACACACACACAGGUUUGACUUGGCGAUAACAUGCUAGGUGGUGCAGAAAUUAAAUAUUUUGAAAAUAGGAAUGUGAAUCGAAGAAACUGCCAUCGAUAAGACUAAAUUGCAUUGAACUAACUAAUAAUUGGUAAUACAAAUAAUAGGUACAAUCGUGGAUUAUUCUUUUGCCACUAAUUGCUCACGCCCCGGUCCUCUGAUGUUGCGACGUUUCAUUUCGCCCCUCGAAUUAUCACGCCACUCCUCCCCUGUGCAUGCGCGCGCAGACAGGCACAUAAACACACAAAACACACACACGUAUACACACAAAUACACGCACACAGCACACGUAUACACACAAACACACACACACAGACAAACAAACAAACACACCCACAGUGUGUAUAUUACCGUGCCACAUUCACGGUUAUUUGUUGUUUGACCUCCCGAGGUUAGAGUUAUGAAAACCAUGGGGAAAAUAUAAUAUGACGUGUGACAAGAAAUUAUUAUUUUUCUUUUCUUUCAACAGUGCCAAUGAACGCGCCUGAUUAUAUGUAUUAUUAUUAUUAUUAUAAUUAUUUGUAUUAUUAUUAUUAUUAUUUGUAAUUCUCCUAACUCCGAACCAGCCAUAACUAUACUAUACGAUAAUCGUUAUACUACGUGAUGAUAACGAUAUUACGAUGUGCGCCUACGCGGUGUAUUAUUAUUAUUGUUAUUGUUUUUUUAUGCUGUUGUGCGCCUGUUGAGCGCCAAACAAUAUUUUCACGUUUUACCUGUCGCAGUCGGUUCGCCGCCUCUAUAGCAUAACAUACCACCUCAGACACGCGACGGGUUUCGUUUAUUGUGUUUCCAAUAAUAAUAAUAAAAAUAAUAUGUUUAGUUUUUUGUUUCCACGACCGCCGUCGUGACUGCCACAAUAUACAUAUUAUUAUUAUAUGCAUCUACACAUACACACACAAACACACACAUACAUGUGCAUUACACACAUUUACCGAGUCGUAAAAGUUUUAUUUUCAGGAGAAAAAAAAACAACAAAACUGUUUGUCUAAACGUCUAACCCGAGGUAUUUUUCGAUACCGACAUACACGCUCUGUCAGUGUCCUUUUAAAAAAAAGACAGUUUCAGCUUAGGAGUUUUCGUUUGUUUAGAUGAAACAUAAUAAUACAGAAAAGUAUAUUGCGUACUCCGCAUUUAAUAUAAAAAUUAUCUUUUUAUGAAAUUUACUUAUACGCACGAUAUAAACGUCGUCAUUUAUGCGUAUACCAUCAUCAUUAUUAUUACUAUAAUUAUUAUUA